CGGCAUAUGAUGACCGAGCGGUUGAGAAGGGAGAGGGAGAAGGAAGCCUACGCUGAUCUUCACUCAAUCUUGCCCCCUGGCACCAAGAACGAGAAGAACGCGAUCAUGCGAGGGGCGAUGCUGAGGAUCCAAGAGUUGCAGGGGCACAAACAAGCGCUGGAAAGAAGAAUCACGGAGCUCCAAGAUGCAGGCAUUGAAUCCGAUCAGAGGGAAAGCGACAGCAGACUUACGAAGAAGAUAAGGAUAAAAGUCGUGAAUCCAACAUCUGGGUUGGAUUCGAUAUUGGAUGUUCUGCAUCUUUUGAAGAGGUUGGGAGCUGAAACGACUAGCAUCGAGUCCAGGUUUUCGCGUCAGGAACUCGAAGCUGCCAUGGAUGUAGACACCCAGAUGGAGGCAGAUGACGUGGAGGAGGCCGUACAAAGAUCGCUUUACGAUACUGAGAGGAAACUUCUUUCUCGCGGGUCUCCUAGAAGCUGCGUCUCCCAAAAUUGACUGCGAAAAAGAAGAAAGGUAAAGUUCGACGCCUGUGGGUUGGUCUGAUUCCUAUUGUCUUUAAACAAUGUAACCACUUCAUUGCAAAAUGAAUAUGUUUGCCUAUUCAAUUAAAACUGUACUGUUUUUACCAUCAAGUUACAAAAUCGACAGUUAUCCAGCCAUCGUGCUAUAUAUUUACAAGAAUAGAAAUGUACUCCAAAUUUCGUUCAUGUUAGUCUAUCUUUAUUUUAG